AUGCUGGAGAAGCGUGUGAAGAGUCGAUUCAGCCAUCGUUAUGUCUACGUUCCGCUCCCCAGAUCGUUUGACACCUUUUCGAAUAUCUGCCUGGCGGGACUGGAUCUCGACGAGGGCGAGACCGGGCAACUUGCUGAAGCUCUCGACUCUCGGCGUGGUAUUAUCGAGUCGCAUGACUGGAAGAAACUGCUCGAGGGAUGGAAAGAGUAUCUACAGCAUCUAUGGAGUGACAACGGGUUCCAAGCCCAUCUCAAGCGGAUCUACCAUCAGACCAAAUCCGUGAAGGAGUUCUUCACCAGCGCCUUACUCCCUAUCAGCGACAUACUUCACAGCACCUACGCAGCCGAUGGAAGUGCGCUCCAAAUCCCUACACCCAAGCGCUUUACUUCGCAAUCCUUGUCUUGCUCCGACCCACCCCCUCUCCCAUUUUCAACCUCGAUCACGGCAUCGUCGAGCCCGUCAUCACUGCCGCUGGCCCUGUUGCUGGCCGCAACGCGCUUGACAGCACUCUUUGACCCGGGACUCGACGGAGCCUCGUCCCAAACUCUCGCGCCGCUCGCGCUGUCCUUUCCCGCUGCCUAUGCAGAGUAUGUCCGGCUUUUGACCUCGGCGAAGAUGUCUGCAUCGGUUUCGGGGGCGGCUGCCACGCCCGGUCGUGUUUGGGGUCGUGAUGUUGCUCGCGAGUCAUGGGAGAAGCUGGUUAGCUGGGGUCUUGUCACUCCUACGGGUAGUGGGAAUGGCACAACCGAUGGACAAAUGUUCCGUGUGGAAAUCAGCUUUGAGGAGGUGGUGGAAAUGGCCGGCUCUGGCGGAUCGCUAGGACAGUGGUGGCGGGAUGGCUGA